AGAAAAAGUAACAUAUGCAAAGUUUCUCAACCCCAACUCUAUAAAAUACUGAGACCCCAUAACUUUAAGUUUCUUCAACAGCUAGUAAGAAAGCAAAACACAACACUCUAAGCUUUAGCCAAAGCCUUGUUUGGUUGCUCAUACAAGGAAAUAUCACAAAGGUAGUGAAAGAGGAAAAAGAAAGUAUAAGGGAAAGCAGAUUAAAUAUUUCAUUUCAAGAGUAUUAUUAAUUCCUUACAAAGAUUUUUCUAUAGUUCAGCAAAUGAUGGCUGGGAACCCUAACUGGUGGACUAUGCAUCCACCAUCUUUGAUCCCUCCCCAGUACGUGCUUGGAUCUUCUUCAAUUCCUUUUAAUUCUUCCACACAAAACCCAGAACCCCCUCAGUCAUUGAGCCAACUUCUCUUCACUGGUUUGCCAGGAGAGGAAGAGAGAGUUGCAUUCAGUCAUUUUCAAUCAAAAAAGUUGGAUGGCUGGGAUGAACAUAUGCUUAAUCCAUCCCCCAUAUCUCCUAUGGUUGAUGUAAUAAAGCAAGAGGUUUCCCAAAGUGGAAACUUAUAUCAUCACCAUGGACAUGAUCAGGAGUUUCAGGUUUCUGGAGCACCUUGGUCACAUAACAUGGUGCCAGUUUCUUCUUCCCCUAGGUCUAGUGUUGCUAGCUUGAGUAGUAAUAAUUUAUUGGAUUUCACUUAUAACAAGACAGAUUAUAGGAAGAACCAACUACCAGAUCACACAUCCGAGUGUAAUAGCGCAGCCAGUGGUGGAGUUUAUAAGAAGACUAAGAGUCAGCCAUCUUCAAGCCAACCACCUCUCAAGGUGAGAAAGGAGAAGCUAGGUGAUAGAAUAACAGCACUUCACCAGCUAGUUUCCCCAUUCGGAAAGACUGACACGGCUUCUGUCUUGUUAGAAGCCAUUGGAUACAUAAGAUUCCUUCAGAGUCAAAUUGAGGCACUCAGUUCUCCUUACUUGGGCAAUGGAUCAAAAAACAUGAGGAAUCCACAGUCUCAACAGGUACAUGGAGAAAGAAAUUCUGUAUUUCCUGAGGACCCCGGUCAGCUGUUGAAUGACAAUGGCCUGAAAAGAAAGGGAGCUCCAAACCAGGAUGCAAAAGAUAAGCCAAAGGACUUGAGGAGUAGAGGGUUGUGCUUGGUUCCUGUGUCUUGCACCCAACAUGUUGGAAAUGAAAAUGGAGCUGAUUACUGGACACCUGCAUACGGCAGUGGAUUUUAAGAUUUUAACAUAUAAGCGCAAUGCAGCAAGCAAUCCUUUUUGGAAAAAAUUUAUGGAUGAUAUAACAUCGUGAGCAGUCAAUCUGUAAUAAUGAAAAGGCUGAUUGCUCACGAUGCUAUAUAGCAUUCAUGAUUUACCCAACUCAAAAAUCUUAUCCAUUAUGUACUGUCUCUAAUCUAAUUAUUAGGUUAACUCAAUAAGUUAUUAAUAAGUGUUGUCAAAACAUUAAUUAAUCUGUAAUUUUAGUUUUUCUAAACAUCCGUUUUCUAUGCUUCCAAUUAUUCCUUCUUUAGUUCUGAAGGAUCAUUAUUGAUAAUUAAUUAGCAUUUCUCUCUAUGUUUGUUUAA